AUGCAGUAUUUGUCCGUACGCGUACUUCGCAGAAAUAUCUGGCGAUGCCUUUCCUUUGAAGAAGGGAGGUUCCCGCUGUGCGAUGAGUACGGGCAACUCAUUAGUGGAUGGACCAUGGCGGAGAUGGACGACGAGAAGGAGACGCGCUGGCUAGCAUGGCUGAGGGCACCAAUCGACACUGACCAGCACUUGCUGGAAUUCGAACUGACGGCUCUGGCGUUGUCGACUGGCAUCAUUGAUGCAGUCUCGUUUCCCAAGUUCCACUGCUGUAAGCAUCUAAAAUGACUUCUUCCAAGGCCGUUUCGCAUGACUGACCUUCUGCCUGGUAGUUGUGAGCAACCAGACCGGUAACACAGUGCUGUUCGCAGUCACAGCCUUCUCGCCCUUUGGAACCCGUCAGGAUACGAAUUUCACGGCACCGGCAGCCCAUCUGGCCGUCAGCUUGGGAUUCUUUUGUCUGGGUGUCUUCACUCCCGGACAGACAUCCAGCUAUCUCGGCUGCAGGUCAAAGAAGUGGUGGCUGUUGCUCACGAAUGCCGUCCAGACCGCAUUUGUCCUCAUCGCAGCUUUGAUCAACCUCGUCAACCGGACACCAAACUACGAGACCGACGAUCUGAACAGUGCAACUAUCCUCUGCUCGAUCGGCCUUCUCGCUUUUGCAUCCGGAGCUCAGGUGGCAAUGAGCCGACAGCUAGGCAUGCCGGAGAUUCCCACGACGCAGGCGACUGCUGCUUACGUUGACCUGUUCGUUGAUCCGAACUUCUUCGCCGCGGUCACUGGGAAUCGUAGCAGAAAUCGGAGGAUCGCUUUCUUACUGACCUUGGUGGUCGGAAGUUUCGUUGGGGCGCCUGCGUAUCACUAUGUCAGCACUGCUUUCGCGAUCCUCCUGGCUGGCAUUAUCAAGAUCAUUGUUGCUCUGUCAUUUCUUCUUAAUAGAUCGAAUAGCACACGCAUCUUGGCCUCGGGCUCUUGA